AACAAACAUAGGUAUGAACAUGGUAAGGAGGAGCCCAUUUGUUACACCAAUCAACAAGUGAAAGGCCCCAUUAAAUCCAAGAAGGAAUCCGCACCAGCACAUAGCCAUUGAUGCACAACCAUGGUGAACAAGACAUUGCUAUCGUACGCCCAUACGUACCUUACACCGUCUUUCCAUGCGCCAUAUCACCGCUAACCCUCAUCGACUUACCCACCCCCUCUCCCUAUUAAAUUCCAGAAAACCAAUCAUCUUUUUGAUCAAGAUUUCAAUCUUUUUUAUUCAACCCUUUUCAAUCCAUCAUUUGGGGACUUCAUAUUAACUUAAAGGUAUAUCUUUCGUGGAGGUCGGAGGAUAUUUAUAUGUGCAUGGAAGAAGAUGCCGGAUUUGAGACGUGGAGUUCGUCAAGCCAAAAAAGGUAAUAAUAACAACGUCGAUGACAAUGCAGCGCCUCUUUUAGCCCCAACUCCUCGACGCGGAACCCGACGAGGCAAAGUUCAGGCACCAAAAUCACCUGCCGCCAGUCCAGUGGUCCCCGGAUAUUUCUAUCCAAUGCCAAGGCCCGCUGGCAGAGGUCGAGGUGGUCGACCAACAAAUCAAGAUAAAAAUCCCGACAUAUUUGGUGGUGGAGUUGGUCGCCCCCCUUUGAAUUUGGAUGUUGGAGUUUGUAAUCAAGUAGUUGUCGGUAGAAGUGCGGAAAAAAUGGCGGUUGAUGCCGAAGAUGAAGGAAGCACAAGCCCGGUUCCUGAAAGGGUUCAAGUUGGCAAUUCCCCUGCGUACAAAUUAGAAAGAAAACUCGGUAAAGGAGGAUUCGGUCAAGUUUACGUAGGGAGAAGGGUAAGCGGUGGCUCAGGAAACACAGGCCCCGACGCCGUUGAGGUUGCAUUGAAAUUGGAGCAUCGAAAUGGCAAGGGGUGUAGUUACGGCCCUCCUUACGAGUGGCAAGUUUACAGUUCCCUGAACGGAUGUUACGGUGUUCCGAUGGUCCAUCACAAAGGCCGUCAAGGAGACUACUAUAUCCUGGUUAUGGACAAACUAGGCCCGAGUUUAUGGGACGUUUGGAACUCUAGCAACCAAAUUCUCUCUGAAGAAAUGGUUGCUUGUAUAGCAGUGGAAGCAUUAUCGAUCUUAGAGCAGCUUCAUUUACGAGGUUUUGUUCAUGGAGAUGUAAAACCUGAAAACUUUUUGCUCGGUCAGCCCGGGACACCUAAUGAGAAAAAGUUGUAUUUGGUUGAUCUCGGUUUAGCUUCAAAAUGGAGAGACGCAUCAUCUGGUAAUCAUGUUGAGUAUGACCAAAAGCCUGAUGUUUUCAGGGGAACAGUACGUUAUGCAAGCGUACAUGCACAUUUAGGGAGGACGGGAAGUAGAAGGGACGAUCUCGAGUCUUUGGCGUAUACAUUAAUAUUUCUUCUCAGAGGAAAGCUUCCAUGGCAAGGCUUCAUUGGAGAAAACAAAGGGUUUCUUGUUUGUAGAAAGAAGAUGGCAACAUCUCCCGACUUACUUUGCUAUCUUUGCCCGUCACCGUUCAAACAAUUUCUUGAAACGGUAACCAAUAUGAAAUUUGACGAAGAACCAAAUUACUUGAAGCUCAUUGGGCUGUUUGAAAACUGCCUAGUUUCAAGUGCAUCUCUUCGGCCACUCAGAAUAGACGGCGCCUUAAAGGUGGGACAAAAGAGGGGAAGACUACUUAUUGACUCGGAAGAUGACGGUCAACCUAGGAAGAAAACUCGGCUAGGCACUCCAGCUACUCAGUGGAUUUCUGUUUAUACUUCAAGAAUGCCGAUGAAACAGAGGUACUACUACAAUGUAGCGGAUGCAAGACUCCAUCAACAUGUUGAGAAAGGAAAGAACGAUGGUCUGAAUAUUAGCUGUGUCGCUUCUGCAUUAAAUUUAUGGGCUAUUGUUAUGGAUGCCGGCACCGGUUUCACUUCACAAGUCUACGAGCUAUCCCCUGUUUUCUUGCACAAGGAAUGGAUAAUGGAGCAAUGGGAGAAGAAUUAUUACAUCACGUCACUUGCCGGUGCAACAAAUGGUAGUGCUUUGGUCGUAAUGUCCAAGGGUACGACAUACACACAACAAUCAUACAAAGUGAGCGAUGUUUUUCCAUUCAAGUGGAUCAACAAAAAAUGGAAAGAAGGGUUCUUGGUAACCUCGAUGACAACAGCAGGUAGUCGAUGGGGCAUUGUAAUGUCUCGAGACGCAACUUACUCUAAUCAGGUGGUUGAACUUGACUUUUUGUACCCUAGUGAAGGGAUUCACCGAAGAUGGGAGAACGGCUAUCGGAUAACAGCGGCGGCUGCAACCGAAGAUCAAGCCGCCUUCAUACUUAGUACAUCUAAGAAGAGAUCACAAGAUGUCACUCAAGAAACUCUUAGAACAUCGGCUUUUCCUAGUACCCAUGUUAAGGAGAAAUGGUCCAAAAAUUUGUACAUCGCAUCCAUUUGUUACGGAAGAACCGUAUCUUGACAUUUUCAAGAAACAGAUUGUUACUGCAGGGUGGCAGUUGGCGGUGCAAUGAAGCGAAAUACACAUACAGUUUUUGUUACUUGGUUGUGGAAACAUAUUUACCUCUCUAAGACUAUGUAUAGGCGAAAAGAAUGUUGUUUACUAACCGAAAGAUCAUUGGUGGCUCUUGAUCUAUGUAUGUUGUCGGGUGAGCCAAGGAGGUGGUGUUGGGUCGAGAAUUUAAACUUAUUGUUAUGAACCAUAAGUCGUGUGAUUCUUUCGAACUACUUAAAGAAAAAAAGUUGGUGAUUUUGUUCAUUUUCGAUA